GAUGUUCUUCCAAAAUGUGUUUGUCAUUCUUGUUUGGUGUGGUUUUAGAGUGUGGUGCGUGUUUGUGACAGUGUUGGAGUUGUUUAUGAGGCGACUUUUAGUGUGACAUGUAUGACUGUUGAAUAAGUAUGCCUUUCAUUUAUUCCCGCACCUGAAAUGACAGUGACCAUUGAACCUAAUUGUAAUCAUGCAGACCAUCAGCGACAUGCAUUAAAGGAAUCCCUCCGAUAACUCGUCCAAAACAACAAUUUAAAUUCCUAACCUUGCAAAUGACUCACUCUAUUCAAGAUCCACGUGCGUUGCCAUGUGAACAUUGACCAUGUGUGUGUAGUGAAUGUGUUCUCCAGAAACGAAACUUUCCUCCGUCAGUAAAUGGAUGAAAGCUUGUUUCGUUAAGUUUCGUUUCCAGAAGCGCCCUCCCACUUCUAGUCCACGAUUUAAAUUCCAUGCAGGCUGGUAUAGUACAAAGACUAGGCGACACCAUGGGAUCGAGUUCGAGUACUUCGUCGGAUGAGGCUGAAUCGGAUGUGAGCGCGAUGGGGUUCACCACAGAUGGGAUAACAAAAGGAUCCAGGGCUGCAGAUAUGAUGUCAUCUGAAGCCAUCGACAAUGGAGGAGGGGUGCCAUCAGGGGGCCCGGUAUCUGACUAUCAGUCCAUGGGGGCACGCGGACACGGUGGAAAAAACUAUUAACCAAAUAACAAUACAAUGAAAUAAAUAAUAAUAUUGGUCUAUUAAACUGUGUUCUGAAUGCAUUUUCUGUGUGAUUAAAAUCGCCUUUUAACAUUUACUUGAGUAAAAAUUACAAAAUUUGCACACAAA